UCUUCACGAGGGUGACAUGGGAAAUUCAAGCAGUUCCAAAGGAUCUAACAGCUUCUGCGUAUUUUCUCUCCUCAGUCAAUGAAACAUCUACCUAUGUAUGUUUCUGACAUCUUUCUUUCUUCUUCUAAAUGGUGUGCUACUGCUUAUUUAUCUUUACUUUUAAAAUGCCAAGAUGCUGCCAUGAUGUAUGCCCCACUUCUAGCCAGGAAAGAAUUAACUGUUAGGCUCAGAAUUAAUUGUAAGGGGUACCAUUUUUUUGUGAUUGGCCCCAUGAUAUCCUUUUGCAGUGGGAAGAUUAUUAGUUAUUGUUGUAUCCAGCGCACUCUGCUCACUCUGCUCACUUUGCUUCAGAAAGUCUCAUACAUUUUGUAGUUCCAGUCUUUGCAUCCAUGGCUUCCUCCUCCUCAACGAUUGCAUCUCCUAAAUUAUAUGAUGUAUUCAUCAGCCACCGAGGACCUGAUGUCAAGAAAACCCUUGCUAAACAACUCUAUCACCUUCUUCAAGAAAGAGGGUGUCGGGCAUUUCUAGAUCGUGAAGUGAUACAAGGGGGGGAUUCUAUUCCUUUUGCUAUUGGCAAUGCCAUUUGCUCAUCUCUUGUGCAAAUUGCCAUAUUUUCCAAAGGAUAUGCACAGUCAAAGUGGUGUUUAGAUGAGCUUGUUCUUAUGUUACAAGAGCAACCUGACGCCCUGUUUAUUCCUGUGUUCUACGAUGUGGAACCUAAGGAACUUCGUUCCACAGACAGGGGACCAUAUGCUGAGGCAUUUUCUUGUUAUCAAAGUAAAGAAAAGUACCUCGACAAGGUGAAGGUUUGGAAAGAGGCCUUCGCAGCUGCUGCAGACAUAUCUGGUUAUGAAUUUAGCCAUUUCUCAUAUCAAGACAAUUUGUGUGAAAAUAUUGUGUCUCGUGUGCAACAAGCGGUGCAAGAUAGGAAAAAUAGGGUAAUGUUAGAUGUUGCGAAAUUCCCGGUUGGGCUUCCUGAACUUGUCAAAGAUUUUGAAAGAAGUUGUUCAGAGAUAAAGAUAAAGGUCACGAGAGCAGGUAUCUAUGGACUUGGGGGAUCUGGGAAGACCACCCUGGCAAAAGAAUUGUUUAACAGGAAGCGUUCAGGAUAUCAUAAAUCAUGUUUUCUCUCUGAUGUGAGAGAAUCCCAUGCCAAAGGUGAACUGCAUUGCUUGCAAAAUCAGCUCUUAAAAGAUCUUUUCCCUGAAGAACCAGAGAUUAAAGAUCUAGAGAUUAGCAAUGUAGACCAUGGAAUCGGAAAGCUCAAGGAUCUUCUGGAAAGAGCAAGGAAUUUGAAUUUUCUUAUAGUCCUUGAUGCUAUCGAUCAUCGAGACCAGUUAGAUGCCCUGUUACCUGAAGGUAUGCUGAGCUCUAGUAGCCUGGUAAUUAUUACAACUUGUGACCAAAGUAUGUUAACGGGUGCAGAUAUCCGUUAUAAGAUGAAGGGAUUGAAUAGGGAUCGGGCAAAAGAUCUCUUCUGUAGUCAUGCUUUCCAUAGACGGGAUCCACCCAUUGCACAUGAGAAGUUGAUUGAAAGCUUCCUGGAAUUCUGUGGAGGUUUACCCCUCUCACUCAAAGUUUUGGGUGCCCAUCUUUAUGGUAGGGAUGAGUAUUACUGGGAGUUACAAUUGAAAAAAGUUGAGAAAAUCCCGCCUAAAGAUAUAAUUGAAAGACUUAAAAUUAGCUUUGAUGGUCUGGACCAAGAGGAGAAACAAAUAUUUAUAGAUAUUGCUUGUUUAUUCAAUAAGAAAAACAAAGUUGAGUUGAAAAGUACAGCUAUAUCAAUCUGGAAGGCGUCCGGUUGGAGUGCUGAACAUGCAGUUCAAACGUUGCAAGAUAAAUGCCUAGUCGAAGUGGAUUCUAACAAAUUUGAAAUGCAUGAUCACCUCCGCGAUCUGGGAAGACAAAUGGCAAAUGAGUUGGGGCCUCCUCGGCUGUGGAGACCAGACACUUUAAAGGAUAUGGAAGGGAAAGGAUUUAAAGUAAUCCUAGCAGAAACAAAAGGAAGGUGUUUUCACUCGUUCCAGGAUUCGUCCCUCAAAUGCAGGAUUACUUAUUUUGUAGGGAAUUCAAAUGAUUCUGCUGAGACUGAGCUUCUGUGGCUUAAAAUUGUCAAAUUAAAAGGCAUUCCUUCGUGGAUUCCUCUGAGAAAAUUGCAAUAUUUAUCUGUUUGCCGCGUGGAAGAAAUGUGGAGCACUUUUCAGCAACAGUUGCAGACCAAACCCCAGGCCAGUUUCGAGUUGAGAAAGCUGCAGAUUUUGUACUCUCCCUCGUUGCAAAAGCUUCCAGAUUUAAUAGGAAUGUUCAAUAAUUUGGAAGAAUUAGAAGUAGGGAGCUCACUCCUAGAAUAUAUCAGGAAUAGUGAUAUAACAUCCCUUCUAGAAUCACUUAAACAACUUAGUAAUCUCAGAUCAUUGAAAUUGUGGUGUCAACGCUGCGACAACUUCAAUAGGAAUUUGAAUUUGUCGUGUGAGCGCCUUGACUUCAUUUGGGAUUUGAAUUUGUGGCGUGGAUACCACAAUGACAGACAACUUAGUAAUCUUAGAUUGGGGGCUUCUACGAGCAGCCGCAUGACUAGCCUUGAAACCAUAUUUUUUAGCAGAUUAGCUAAUCUUUCAAAGUUGCUAAUUAGUGGAGAGAUUUGUCCCAAACUUCGAUCAUUGACAGUUGAAUGGAUGUGGAAUCUAAAUGAAAUGGACUUAAAGCAGCUAGAGAGACUGAAUACUCUUGAGGUGUGUGACUGUGACAAUUUGGAAACAAUAUCAGGGUUAUCUUCUCUAUCAGGGCUUCAUUCUCUUAAAGUGAAGGAUUGUCCCAAAUUGGUAACAAUAUCAAGGUUAUCUUCUGGGCUUCAAUCUCUUACUGUGAGGGGUUGUCACAAAUUGGAAACAAUACCAGAGUUAUCUUCUAUAAAAGGGCUUCAAUCUUUUAUGGUGGAGGACUGUCCCAAUUUGGAAACAAUAGCAGGGUUUUCUUCUGGGAUUCAAUCUCUUACUGUGAAAGUUUGUCACAAAUUGGAAACAAUAUCAGGGUUAUCUUCUGGAAAAGGGCUUCAGUCUCUUACAGUGGAGCAUUGUCCCAAAUUGAAAACAAUAUCAGGAUUAUCUUCUGGGCUUCAAUCUCUUAUUGUCAAGGUCUGUCAUAAAUUGGAAACAAUAUCUGGGGUAUCUUCUGUAAAAGGUUUUCCAUUUCUUAAAGUGGAGGAUUGUCCCCAAUUGGAAAUAAUAUCAGGGUUGUUUUCUGGGCUUCAAUCUCUUAAAGUGAAGGUUUGUCACAAAUUGGAAACAAUAUCAGGGUUAUCUUCUGUAACAGGGCUUCAGUCUCUUAAAAUGGAGGAUUCUCCCAAAUUGGAAUCAAUAUCAGGAUUAUCUUCUCUAGUAGGGCUUCAGUCUCAUGGAGUGAAGAAUUGUUCCAAAUGAGAAACAACAUCAGGGUCAAACUUCUCUAACAGGGCUCCAAGUGUUUAAGCACAGAAGUGUGAAGGAUUGAAAUUGCCGAAGGCAACAUCAUCAGUUGCAAUUCACGGUUUUGGGAUGUCAUCAGCUGAUAAUUGAAGUGCCUAAAAAUGGAUAUGCAUUGGUACAGAGUUGCAUGCAUGAACUGAAGGAAGUCAGUGGAUACAGCAAUACAUUUGUUGAGAUUGAGAGAGAACUGUAUACACUGGACAUGAGAAUUGCAGUCACUAUAUAUGCUUUGCUUUCACAUAUAAGUUUUGUGCUUUCAUCAGACUUGAAUCUAUACCCUCAACAUGUGGAGGAGAACAGUAGGAUUACAGUUUUAUUCCCCCACCAUGAGUGUAUUGGAAUAAAUGAAAUCAACAUAAAGAAGGGUUUAAGGCUACAGUAAUGAUGGAGGACGAGGCAAAAGCUUUUAACUUCAAUGUAAAGAAUUGUUGAUCGAUCAUACAGAGAAAGAAAGAGGAUUGAGAAGUGUAAUUUAUUUUGACUAUCUACUUUCUGAAAUGUUUUUGUCAUCUUUGUUUUACUUCUGUUCAUAUAUGGAAUUCUCUUCUUUAUUUAAUAAAAAAUAGUCUUUUAAUAUUUUUUAUCA